AUGUUCGGUGGCCCCAUGAAGCCGAUGCUUCCCAACAUGCAGCGGAUUGCCGGUACCUUGGCAAUUCCCCAAGAGGCUGCCUUAGCACCAGUGCCGAGGGAAGAGGAGAAGCAGGCCACCUCUAGUUGGGGCCAACUGCGCGACGUGAUCCGAGAGGAAAUGUCAGCAGCUCUCUCCUCUGUCAGUCACAGCGCCGCUGUGCGGCCCAUGCAAUUCAUCAUCAACAACAGCGCUCAGGCCAACGUGGAGCAGGCGCCUGCGCCGGCGCCGGCACCGCCGCCGCCAGAGAAACCGUCGACGAUACUGGAGGGCUUCUUCCGAUUCAUGGAGUCUCCGUUGAAUCGCAUCUUCGUCUACGGCAUGAUUGGCAUUGGGCAGCCUGUCCUGAAGAUGGACAUCAUCUAA